CUAUGCAGCUGAGAUGAGACCUCUCUCUCUUUGCAGAUGAACAUCUUCUAUGCGGACAUUCCUGGGUACAAUGGUGUAAAGGUGUUUCGGCUGAGCAAUGGUAGUAUUAUCGUGGACCACGAGGUGCUCCUGCAGCUUCACUUCUCAGACUUCAAUGCUUCCUACAAUGAAUCUGUGAAGGACCUCAAACAGACCCUGGAAAAAAAUUACACUUCCAAUGACAACGAUUCACUUUGGUUUACUGGAGAGCGUUAUGUGACAGAAGUGCCCCUGAGCCCUGAAGAUCUGUCAACUGAAUGCAAGAACACCUCCGUGGUGGCAAAAAACAUCCAGCAAUUUUACGUGGCACGAAACAUCAGUGGCAGCCUCCAGUGCGUCUCUAACUGCAGCAUUUGGCACCCCGACCCCUUCAGCUGUGUGAACGGAAACUGCUAUGUCACCCCUGAGGGGCCCAGUUGCUACUGUGAGCAGUCGGACUCCUACUGGUUCGUGGGCCGGCGCUGUGAGCAGGGCAUCAGCAAGGUGGGGGUGGCCGUGGGGGUGGCCCUGGGCCUGGCGGUGCUGCUGCUGAUCAUCCUGGUCUUGGUCGUGCUUCUCUGCUGGAGGCGCUGUUGCCCGAGGGAGAAAGGACACAGGCUGACGCAUUUGCCUCCCGAUGAAGAGAGGUGGUACGAAAAUGAGCCCGAGUGGGUGGCCCGUCCUGAAGGCCUCGAUCCGAGUGCCCCAGCAAUGGAAAGCAGCAGCGCUGCAGCAGGUGAAGACCCUUACAGCAGCAUGAGCAGCGAGCAAGACAGCUCCACCACAGACCAGGGCUCCUUCCAGCCCCGCCUGGACAAAGUGGACACCUCCCUGCCGAGACGGAUCGCUCGGCCCCAGUUGAAGCAGCCAUGAAGAAGCCUGGAAACGGGGCCACAGGAAGGACGCUGCACGCUGGAUUUGCACAAGAUGUGUCCCCAGGGGCCCAGAUCCAGGAAGAGGCAGUGGAGCUGCAGUGACUUGCAGGGGGGCUGCAGUGCUGCCUUCUUCUUGCUUACUCUUGCACUUUAGGACUGGGGUGCUGCCGCCCCCUUGAACACCAGCGCCUCCCCUUGGUGACAUUGAUAGGAGGACGUGGAGGAGGAACAGGGCCCCAUGGGGGUAUUUGGGCUCUUGCCCCCGAGGACUCGCGUUGCCCACAGAGGCUGAACUUGCAGGAGCACAUCCCUCAGCGCGGAGCCUUUGACCACUGCCUGGAUGCCAAGGCCAUCUGGUGCAAGAGGAGGCCGCCUUGCAAGGGUCUCGCGUCGUCUCUGCAGGUCGGGGGCCACGGCUAGCACUUUUGGAGAAAUCGCUUUCUCCCUUUCUGCACCAGCCCACAAUCUGAUCUCCAGCUCAGUCAAUAGAGCAUGAGAUUCUUAAUCUCGGGGCCAGGGGUUUGAGCCCCACGUUGGGCGAAAUAUUCCUGCAUUGCAGAGGGUUCGACUAGAUGACCCUCGUUGUCCCAUCCAACUCUGUGAUUCUGUUUGCCCCUCUCUACAGACUGGCUGUGCUCCCCCCCCCCAGGUCAGUCCCAGAUACACCUGUAGCAACACUGAUUCCCCACGAUGCCAUGCAUCUGAACCCACAGCAAUGCACCCUGGGCGCAAGCGACAGGAAACUGCCUUCAGUUUUUCCUUCCCUUGGGUCGCUCUGGCCCCACAGCCAUGGUCUGCCCACGGGGAACCCUUUGGUCACUCGCAUCCCCCUUCUCCCAUCCAGCCUUUUACUUGAUCAGAUUUUCAGUGCAAUAUGGAAGGAAGCACAGCGACCGGUCAGUUGCCAGAGAAAUGAUAUAGGAUGAUGAUGAUGAUGGAUGACGAAGGGGUCAACAUUGUGAACGAUUCGUUGGGGUGGGAGAGAGAAAAUAAAGCAACUGAGGAAAGCGUC